CUUCGAUUGCACAAAGACGACGACGAUAAUGGGUGGUGGCGAUGGCGAUGGUUGUUGUUGCUGCAGCGAGCAACGGAAGCAAAGCGGGAGACGAACGAGGAGGAUGAGGAAGGAGGGGAGGGGAGUGGCAUCAGCGUGGACGGUGGUGUUGAUAGCAGGGCUGAGCUUGUUGACGGUGCAAACGGCGUUGGGCAGCGGGAUCCACGGCCGUGGCAGUUUUGAUUACGACAACGACAACAACAACAACGAUGAACGAUCCCCGUGCACAGAGAAGCCGCCCUCCAUGGCAGACGUGUUUGAGUCUGAGCAGUUUGCCGUCGCCAUGUUUGCAGCAGGCUGCAUCGGCGCCGUCGGGGUGCUUCCGUUGCUGGUACUGCCGUUUCACGUGUACAAGGAGCACACGGCGCAAUCGUCGUUGCUGUUGCGGUUCAUGUUGGGUGCUUCAUGCGGCGGUCUUCUCGCCAACACGUGCUUUCACAUCCUUCCGGAGAGCUUCGGCAUGAUGGACGACCAGCUGUUGUUUGGCCGCCUGUCCCCGGCGGGCGCGUCCAUGUUCAUCGGCAUCGUGUCGUUCUUCCUCCUGGAGAAGGCGGCGGCGGCCGUCGAGCAGCUCAGACACUCCACGCACACAAAGGCGGGCACAAAGGCGGCGACAAUGACGAAGAACAGCACGAAAGGGGGCAGUGCCGAAAAGACGAGGGCAGGGAAUGCGGUGAAUGCAGUGAAUGCAGCGGUGCACAGGCGAGCCGUCUUCUACCUUAACAUCAUCGUCAACGGGCUCGAUAACGUCAUGCACGGAGCUGCCAUAUCCGCGGCCUUCUGCGCAUCAUUCAAGGGCGGGUUCCUGUACAUUGCGCUGGCGUCGCUGCUGCCUGAUCUGUGUGAUGACGACAGCAGCGGGCUGGCAAAUUCGUUCCGCUGUCUCUGGUUGGCAGACUUGUUAUCCGUAUUGGCGGGCGCAGCAGUCGUCGCGUUCACACUCGACGCACCCAUGCACUGA